AUGUCUUUGUCGCUUCUCUCCGGCGCGCCCCUCGCGUCGCGCUCGGUCGCGAACCUCAACCGUCGGCGAGCGGGCGGACGAGCUCGGAAAUCCAAAGAGAUACCCUCGCUUUUUCGGGUUCCCGGCAGCGUCCGAGCGGUCGUUCCGAGGGCUGCUGACUCCCCUGGUUCGGCGGGCGACGAUGCCGACGUGGUGUGCUACGAUACCACACUUCGCGACGGUUCCCAGCAGGUCGGCAUAUCCUUGACCUGCGACGACAAGCUCGCCGUGGCCGAGCACCUCGUGGGCCUCGGGGUGGCGUACAUCGAGGGAGGUUACCCCGGCAGCAACCCCAAGGAUGUCGAGUUCUUCUCCAGGUGGACCUCAUCGGGGCUUGCUGACCGCGCGGCUGCGGGAGGCACCAAGCUCGCCGCGUUCGGCAUGACCCGCCGGCGAGGGGUCACCGCAGACGAUGACGAGGGUCUCAAGGCUCUCACCGACUGCCCCGCCCCGUGCGUGUGCAUCGUGGCUAAGGCGUGGGACGAGCAGUGCGAGAAGGUUCUCGGCGUCUCCCCUGAGGAGAACAUCGCGAUGAUUGAGGAAUCCGUCGCUCACCUCGUAGCCGCUGGGAAGGAGGUCCUGGUGGACUGCGAACACUACUUCGACGGUCGUAAGGCGAACCCGGAGUUUGCGGUGAAAUGUGCGGCCGCGGCGGCCAAAUCGGGCGCGAAAUUUGUCGUGCUGUGCGACACGAACGGAGGCACGUUGCCUUGGGACGUCGAGGAGUUCACGCGGGAGGUGAAGGAGGCGGUGGACGCGACGGGUGCCGAUUGUUCGGUGGGGAUUCACUGCCACAACGACACUUCGCUCGCCGUGGCCAACUCCAUCGCGGCGGUCAGGGGCGGUGCGACGAUGGUGCAGGGGUGCGUGAACGGGUACGGCGAGCGGACGGGUAACGCCGACCUGCUCGUCGUCGCCGCCAACCUCGAGCUCAAGAUGGGAAGGACAGCGCUGCCCGAGGGUUCUUUGCAGCGGCUCACCCAGGUGUCCGCGGCGGUUGCCAAGCUGUGCAGCCAGCAUCAGGAUCCCCGUCAGCCGUACAUGGGGUCAAGUGCAUUUGCGCAUAAGGGUGGCCUGCACGUCGCCGCUUUACAGAAGAUGCCGGCGAGCUACAAUCACAUCGUCCCAACGCUGGUUGGCAAUGAGGCGCGAAGCGUCAUCUCGGAGCUGAGCGGCCGCGGCAACAUCCUGUCGGCCGCGAUGGCGUCGGGCCGGGAGGUUAGCAAAGAAACCGCGGCGCAGGUGCUGUCGCAGAUCAAGGAUCUCGAGUCUCGCGGGUUCGUCCUCGAGGAUGCCGGGGCAUCGGUUGAUAUCCUCUUCCGCCGCGCCGACCCUAACUACCGGGCACCCUUCAAUGUAUUGGAGUUCAACGUCACCGCGUCCAACAGCAGUUUCGGAGGGUUCACUCCGAACGACCUUCUCGUGGGAGGCGACGAGAGGCUCCAGGACGUGCUCCCCGAGGACGAGCUUGAGGCGCCCUUCACGCACCCGCAGCAGGCGGGGUAUAAGAAAGGGUCGGUCGCGGUGAACCAGGUUGUUGUUAAGGUGGACGUGUUCGACAACGAUACCACGCCCGCCUCCAGGAACACCCAACUGUGCGUGGCCGAGGGUAAUGGUCCGGUAAAUGCACUCGCCAAUGCUCUGCGUCUAUCGCUCACCGAUAAGUUCCCGCAGCUGAAGCAGAUCCACCUCCAGGACUACAAAGUGGACCUGUUGAGCACGGCUGGCACAUCCGCGGCAGUGACCCGAGUCACGAUGGACUUUGCGGACAGGGACACGGACAUCACCUGGCGAACCGUCGGCGCGCACGCCUCCAUCAUCGAGGCUUCCUUCAGGGCUCUCGUCGACGGCAUGGAGUACGGUAUUGCCCAGUGCUCAGAUGAUGGAUGUAUGGUGGAUCCGGGCCCAGCGCAUGCAGCGGACAGGGAGGGUGCCCCGUCGAGCAGGUGAGAUCCGGUGCGCUAGUAAUACCAAGUAAUAUUAUGUUGUGAUCU